AUGCCAUCAACCCCUCCAUCCGGCUUCCAACCCCGCAACAUCCUCCUGUUCGGCGCAACUGGCAACAUCGGCAAGUUCAUCCUGGACGCUAUCGUCAACGCACGAGAUGAUUUCUCGCGUGUCGUCGUUUUCACAUCCCCAGCCUCUGCGCAAAGCAAGGCUUCUUUCUUCAAUGAUCUGAAGACGAAUCGACGCGUCGAAGUCAUCACAGGCGAUAUCACGAACGAGAAGGACGUCACGGAAGCAUACAAGGGCAUUGACACCGUCAUUUCCGCAUUAGGUCGUACUGUGAUCGAGGCUCAGAUCCCAUUGAUCCGUCUGGCAGAUCAGGCUAGCGAUGUGAAAUGGUUUCUGCCGUCGGAAUAUGGAACUGAUAUCAAGUACUCGCCGGCGUCGGCGUCGGAGAAGCCGCAUCAGGGCAAGUUGAAGGUGCGCGCAUUUCUGGAGAACGAGACGAAGGAUCUGGCAUAUACAUAUGUCGUGACGGGGCCGUAUCCGGAAAUGUAUAUCAAGGGUUUCCCCAUGGGUAGGGAAGUUGGGGGUUGGGACGUGAAGGGGAAGAAGGCGACAUUGUUGGGUGAGAAGGGACUCGAUCCAGUUAGUUUUACGACCAUGAAGGACGUCGGAACUCUCGUCCUAGCAACCCUCCGGCAUCCCUCUGCCUCCUUCAACCGCGCUCUCAAAGUAAACUCCUUUACGACCACCCCGGCUGCCAUUCAGGCCGAGUUCGAAAAGCAGACAGGCGGUCAGCCAUGGACCGAUGUACAGUACACACCUCUGCCUAGACUGCGCGAGCUCGAGCAGCAGGCUUGGGCCCAGGGCAGCCCGUCCGCGGCCGGUUGCACCCUGCGUCGUAUCUGGACAGAGGGUGGCACGCUUUAUGAGAAGAGGGAUAACGACGUGAUUGGAAACCCGAAGUUGACUACGCUGGAAGAGCUGGUCAAGGACAUCGUGAGCUCGCAGGGGGCCAAAUUGUAG